AUGACAAUAACUGUACUAAAACCAUCGUUAAUAACCUAUAAUUCAUUAGAAGCCAAAUACUUCACAAGUCUUCGAUGUCCAUGUACAAAUGAAACUAUACCUUAUCGAAAAUUGAUAUCAUUUUCUCCCGUUUUUCAUCAAAUAUGUUCAAGUGGUUUUACUACAGAUGAUUGGAUUUUUACAAUGAUAUCCAGUAUCGGUAACUCUGAUGAUUAUGAUUGGCGUCAGAGAGCUUAUCGACAAUUUCAAAUCUUAUCUGAUCUUUGUCAGUUAGCUAACAAAACAAUUCAUGCAGCAAUUGAUAGAUUUCUUACUCAAUUUUUUAUUGUUUCUUCUGUAAUGAAUGAAAAUGAUUUCAAUCAACAAAUACAAACAUAUAUUUAUCAAAUUAACCAAUCAACAAUUUAUAAUUUUGAUUUAAUGAGAAAUAUUAUACAAUUAAUUCAACAAGUUAAUCAAUUUUACGAAGGAGGAUUACAAUUACAUGGAAUACAUUCCGAUCGUUCGGCAAGACUAGUGAUUUAUAAUUCAAUAGCACAUAUAAAACUUAUUUUAUAUAGUAUCACAGAGAUUAAUUCAGGAUUAGUUACAUGUGUUUGUGCUACAAAUCCAAACUGUCAAAGAUUAGCAGUUACGACUGAACCUUAUCAGAUAUUGAAUAAACUUUAUUUUAAUAAUUAUAAUCUAUCUGGUUGGAUUGAAAGUUGUCUUUCAUAUACUUCUGUUUUCCUUUCAACACUUGAAUGUUUAUAUAUAGAAUCGGAUUGUUUUCCAUUAUUAAUGAGUUUUUUAGCAAAAGCAUAUACAGAUACAUUAUCUCGUCCAUCAUCACUAUUUCAAAUACAACCACUUGUUUAUAAUUCAACAACAAGUCGCUAUCCACCUAACACAUCGAUUUUAACGAUUGUUAAAGAAUUAAUGCUGGAAAAAUGGAAUCCUAUUUUAUCAUACGAACAAUUCUAUAAUUCUUGUUCACCAAUAUAUUGUACUUAUUCAGAAAAAAUUCGUAAAGAGAACAUUCUUGGAGUUAUUAUUAUAUUAAUAUCAAUAAUUGGUGGAAUAAUUGUUUCAUUACGUAUUACUACACCUAAUCUUAUUUAUUCUAUUUUAAAAUUUGUAGCAAUGUUUAAUAAAACAUCAAAUCAAGAAGAACAAAUUCAACAUAGUUGUACUGAACGAUUAAGAAUGAUAAUGCGAAAUCUUAUGAAAAAAUUAUGUAUGAUAGUGGUUGAUUUAAAUAUAUUUUCAAUACGUGAUUUUACAAGAAAUAUUGAUCGAACGACAGCGAAGUAUUAUGGACAAUGGGCAACUCGUCUCUGUAUGCUUCUAUAUCUCAGUUGUUUAAUAGUUCUUGUUUUUUAUACAAUUAUUCAACCACAUUCAUCAACAGAAGAUUUUCAUCGACCAUCAUUAAUUUAUUAUAAUAAUUUAAGUGAAAUCUAUGGUAACAAAUUAAAAUGUUCAUGUUCAAGAAUAGCAUCAACAUAUAAACAAUUUGUCAAUAUUCAACCAGAGUUUCAUUCAAUUUGUUCAAGUCAAUUUGUUUCUGAUCAAUGGCGAACAGAUCUAGUCAAUGGUCUUUUAGCAAAUCUAUCUGUUUAUAAACAAAAUGAUUAUCGUCGAUUUCUUUCAGCUCAUUUACAAUAUCUUCAAGGAUUAUGUCGAUUAUCUAUACAAACAGUAAAAAAUUCUAUUGAUGAAUUUCUUACAUCAUUAUUAGUCAAUGUUGAUCUUUUAUCUUCUAUUAAUUUUCAUGGUCGUCUCAAUAUUUUACUUGAACAAAGUAAAGCAAAUGCUCCUAUUUUAUUUUCUCAUCUUCUCUUCUUUACUCAAAGUAUUACACACGGAAAUGCUUUUAUUUCAACCUAUGGAACAAAUUUUGAAUAUAUUAUAAGAGAUAAUGAUUUUACAGAGAAAUUUGCACCUACACAACCUCUCAUUUAUGAUAAUGGCUGUUCAUGUGGUUUAUCACCAAAUUGUACAACUCAAGCAAUUUUUAUUGAAACGAAUUCAUUGGAAAAUAUUUCCAUUCAAGGUAUGAAAAUCGGAUGUACACCAAGUGAAUCACUUCUUCAAUCAACACUUGAAUGUUUUUAUAAUCAAUCAUGUCUUAACAUUAUUCAACAAUAUACAAAUUAUUCUAAUUCUUCAUUGCCUCUUUCAAUAAAUUCUAGUCGUUUUUUACAAAAUACAACAAUUGAUAUAUUGAGACAAAAUUUAUUUAUCGAACGAUGGUCAACAGAAAUGAACUACUCAUUAUAUUAUAAUCAAUGUUCACCUUUAUUAUGUUCUUAUACAAGUAUUGAACAAUUUAAUCUUUUCUAUACAUUUACACUUAUCUUUGGCCUUCAAGGUGGUUUAACAAUUGUUUUGAAAUGGAUUUGUCCAAAGCUGAUUCUAAUUGGAUUUAAAAUUUAUUAUUAUUACCGAAGAAGACGAACGAUUUCUAUCAAUCCCACUGGUAGUUCUGUUGAAACAUCAAAUUAUCAGAAUAGAUCACUGAACAUAACAUUUCAAAAUAAUAUUAUAUCAAAUAAUGGAUCACCUAUAAAAGUAAUAUUUAUUAUUACAUUGUUAAUAUGUUUCUUAAUAAGUGUUAUCAUUUUUUCAAUAUAUUAUGCCCGACGAGGCAAGAAUCAUUUAACGACGACAACAAUAUCAACUAACAAUAAUCUGUAUACAACGGUAAACACAACAUUAUUGACUACACAAGAAUCCAUAUGUCAGUUAAAAGUUAAACGACAAUCAAUUCAUAAAUUGUGUCAAACGUCAGAUUUUGGUCCAUACCUAAUUACUGAUUUAAAUAAUGAUAAGCAAGUUGAUUUAUUAUUUUGUUGUGAUGACCGUCGAACGAUAAAUAUAUUAUUUACGAAUAUUAAUAAUUUAUUUGAGAAUGUUUUAUUAAUUCCAGUAGAUUUACCCAUCCGUCAAAUCAAUGUUGCUGAUUUCAAUAAUGACAAUCGAACUGAUCUAAUUGUAUUACAUAAUACGAGAUCAAUAUCAUAUAUUAAUAUUUUAUAUGGAAAUAGUGAUGGGAUGUUUCAGAAAAAUACGACAAAUUUAAUAGUUUUGAGUAAAACAAUUGCUGAUUUUAGUAUAAUUGAUCUUAAUAAUGAUAAUAAAUUGGAUAUUAUUAUCAUCUGUCGAUUGGAUAAAUAUGUUUAUAUUUAUAUCGUACAUGACAAUGGAACAUUUUCAUUAACAACAGUCAUGUUUACCGAAUCUCGAAGUGAUCCGAGACAAUUAGUUAUAACUGAUUUUAACAAUGAUAGUUAUAUGGAUAUAGCUAUAUAUAAUGAACGAUCUCUUCAUAUUCACAUAUUAUUUAGAAAUAAUGAUGCAAGCUUUCAAUUAUCAAAAUGGUUAUUUACUGCAUUUACUGUCGAUCAAUGUCGAAUGAUAAUUGCUGAUUUUAAUAAUGAUGAUCAAUCUGAUAUUGUUUUCUCACAUAGUUGGAUAGAUACAACUUUCAUAUUUUAUCAAUAUAAAAAUGGAACUUUUCAUAGAAAGGAACAAAUUCUAAUGAAUACUGAUAUUUUAUUCAAAUCUGAAUCAUUAAUUUUACAUGAUUUAAAUAAUGAUAAUUAUUUAGAUAUUAUUGUUGGUUCUUCUUUAUCUGAGAAAAUUUAUUAUUUUCAAGGAAAUAAAUAUGGAAAUUUCCAAAUACAAAUGAUUUAUCCAAAUGAACUAGAUCAUGAUCGUUCAGAUGAUUUUAAUAAUAGUAUUUGUGAAAGUAUAAUUAAUAUAAAUUUACUGAAUCAUACAUUAUAUAUUCUUUUAAAUCCGUGUCGAUGUUCUACGUAA